UUUUAUUCAAAGCCUUUUAAACAAGUUCAAAUUUAGUAUAUUUUUGAGGUAGAUUUUGUUUAUAUCUUAAAACAAGACAUUUUGUUUAUUUUAUUUGCAUUAGUUAAGUGCAAAUUUGAUUUAUACAUAAGUUGGUGUCAAUUGAUGUCAAUCAUUCGACGUUGACAAGAAUAAUGAUCAAUCUAACUUCGUUUCUGGAGGAUUUAUCCGAUAGAACUUGUCGUGGAUUAAGUGAAGCACUCAAAAGGAGACCACAAAAAUACCAGGGGUGCACUAUCGCUGAAUUAGAAAAAAAAUCCGCGAUGGUACGAAUUGGAGAAAACAAAUACAAGAAAAUGGGAAAAUGCAACUCUUUCGAGACCUUGGAACAUAAUGUAAGUGCAGAAGAAAAGAAGAGCGAGGCGCCGGAACAUCGUCCCCCAUUCUUGAGAAGACGCAAACCUCCGACCGUCGAUAAAACUAUCACAGUUAAGGAGGAGAGAACAAACGCGAACAUCCGCAAGGAACGCAAGAGAUUAGAAACAAAGGAGAAGCCCACCGCCGGCGAAGAACUGAAAGUGGCGGGGAUCAAACAGACUCAAAAAAGAGGUGUAGGGGAAGAAAAGAAGAGCGAGGCGACGGAACAUGCUCCCACACUCUCAAGUAGAGACAGAUUUCCGACGGCCGAUAAAACUAUCACACCUAAGGAGGAGAAAACGAAGGCGAACAUCCGCAAGGAACGCAAGAGAUUAGAAACAAAGAAGAAGCCCACCGCUGGCGGAGAACCGAAAGAGGCGGGGAUCAAACAGGCUGAGAAAAGAGUAUUAGAAGAAAAGAACGAGGCGACGGAACAUGCUCCCAUACUCUCGAGUAGAGACAGAUUUCCGACGGCCGAUAAAACUAUCAGAGCUAAGGAGGAGAAAACGAAGGCGAACAUCCGCAAGGAACGCAAGAGAUUAGAAACAAAGAAGAAGCCCACCGCUGGCGGAGAACCGAAAGAGGCGGGGAUCAAACAGGCUGAGAAAAGAGUAUUAGAAGAAAAGAACGAGGCGACGGAACAUGCUCCCAUACUCUCGAGUAGAGACAGAUUUCCGACGACCGAUAAAACUAUCAGAGCUAAGGAGGAGAAAACGAAAGCGAACAUCAGCAAGGAACGGAAGAGAUUAGAAACAAAGAAGAAGCCCACCGCUGGCGGAGAACCGAAAGAGGCGGGGAUCAAACAGGCUGAGAAAAGAGUAGGGGAAGAAAAGAAGAGCGAGGCGACGGAACAUGCUCCCACAUUCUCGAGUAGAGACAGAUUUCCGACGGCCGAUAAAACUAUCAGAGCUAAGGAGGAGAAAACGAAAGCGAACAUCAGCAAGGAACGCAAGAGAUUAGAAACAAAGAAGCCCACCGCCGGCGGAGAACUGAAAGUGGUGGGGAUCAAACAGGUUCAAAAUGGAGGAGUAGGGGAAGAAAAGAAGAGCGAGGCGACAGAACAUGCUCCCACACUCUCGAGUAGAGACAGAUUUCCGACGGCCGAUAAAACUAUCACACCUAAAGAGGAGAAAACGAAGGCGAACAUCCGCAGGGAACGCAAGAGAUUAGAAACAAAGAAGAAGUCCACCGCCGGCGGAGAACUGAAAGUGGCGGGGAUCAAACAAGCUCAAAAUGGAGGAGUAGGGGUAGAAAAGAAGAGCGAGGCGACGGAACAUGCUCCCACACUCUCGAGUAGAGACAGAUUUCCGACGGCCGAUAAAACUAUCAGAGCUAAGGAGGAAAAAACGAAGGCGAACAUCAGCAAGGAACGCAAGAGAUUAGAAACAAAGAAAAAGCCCACCGGCGGCGAAGAACCGAAAGUGGUGGGGAUCAAACAGGAUCAAAAUGGAGGAGGAUUAAUGGAAACGAAGGCGACGGAACAUGCUCCCACACUCUCGAGUAGAGACAGAUUUCCGACAGCCGAUAAAACUAUCAGAGCUAAGGAGGAGAAAACGAGAGCGAAAUUUGACGAGGAACGCAAGAGACUGGAGACAAGAAAGAACCUCACCGCUGUCAGACAGUUGCAGGAGAAGAGGAUGAAACUGCGGGAGAAACAGAACCAAGUGCCGAUCUACAUGAUCACGGAACUGCCCCCGCUGCCGCACCACGUCUGUUACACCGCGGACGACGCGUGUGAUGACGAAAGUCGACACGAGAAUCCCCGUUGGUACUUGGAUUCCAACUUUAAACAACAAGAGCUGGUGCAGGCAGGGACCGGUGAUACGCUCAAGAAUACGUUCUACUGCCGGCGAGCCAUGACGCCGGAUUUGAGGGAGAUCUUCGGAUCGAUCGACGAGAGGAAACUAAAGAGGACGUCGAGCGCCCACUGGCGCAUACCUCCACGUUACACGCUCAUGCCCGCAGUUAAUCGGCUGUCGUACGUCGAAGAUGAGAAGGAUGAUCAAGAUGAUGAAGAUUAAAAUAUAUAUUAUUUAUAUUAUUAUGUACUUUUAAAUUUUACAUUUUAUUGGCUUAAUUUUUAUUUAUAUUAUGUAUAUGUAUUUUUUAUAUGAAGUUAUAAUAAAUUAUUUACUACUGUUUA